UGAUAUCUUUGUUAGAUGGGAUAUGGUAAAAAUGUUAGAUUUGAUACAGAGUAGCAAAGGUCAUCGUUGAAUUACUAACGGAGAAAUGAAUGUAGGAAUAUACCUCCAAUUCGCGAUACGGGUAAUAAAAAUAGUGAAAUGGUUUAUCCACUACCUAUCUUCCCUCCAUUUACAGCAGGUGCACUCUAUAUUUUAUCAAGAGAUAUUGUUCACUUAGUCGCAGGUGUAAAGGGGCAACGCUUAUUUGUGAAAAAUGAAGAUCAAAACUUAGGACUAUGGUUGUUCCCGUUCAAUAUCCUGCCCAUUCAUGACCGUCGUAUCCAACAGAUUGAUGUAUGCGAGAACGAUAUGAUCGCUAAGCAUUUCGGAGACUUUGAAGAGCCGGAUGCUAUAGGCGGUACGAUGUAUGAUAUGCUGGAUAAUUUGCGACAGGGACGGAAAAUGUGUCAUGGAUUCAAAACGACUGUUUGCGCUAUGUGCUAUCCUUGCCAUGGCAAGGCCAAUCACUGGAAAGACUGGGGUUUCGAUUGCGACAGUAGAAAAGGUGUUACCCUCUUGAACUUACCCCAAUUGACAGUGAUGGAAUAACAACUAGAUAGGUGUUUCAAAACUAUACUCACGAGAGCCCCCAUUCAUACCCUCGCCUUUCUCUGUGACAUAUUCAUUCAUAUUUACAACAGCAUUUAUAAACACUUUAACUUAUUUUGUAAUUGUAAUUCUGUUUGUUAUUUUGGGCUGCAACUUUUCUUUUGUAUCGAUACAUCUUUGAUUUUUUUGUGCUCGAUUAAUUAGAGUCACUAACCAUACGUAAAACACAAGCCACUUUUUUAAACACAUUUCCAGUUUAUACGCUUGUGUAAACCGACUAAUUCUUAACCCGAGAAAAAAGGGUAAAGGAAAUCCCUAAACCGAGGAAUAUGCCAAUUUUAACACAGGCGAUGCAACAUGUUCCCUUCUUUGUGA